UGCGUCUAGCGGCGAGGACGUUGGCCCCCUAUUUCGUCGGCGGCUAUAAAACCACUGCGGCAAGCAUUUCGACCAAUCAGUCUUAUCACGACCGCCAAACCUCCUAAAUCCAACGAAUAGUAAUAGAACACAAUGGAAGCGAUCAGCAAACACGAAACGAUCUCUUUGCGAAACAAACACAUCGGGCAAUCCUGCCAGCUGUUCUUCCGCGAGGACCCCCUGAAGAUUGUUCGUGGUCAAGCACAAUACUUGUACGAUGAAAACAACGAAGCGUAUCUGGACACAAUGAAUAAUGUUGCCCAUGUUGGUCAUUGUCACCCGAAAGUAGUGAAGGCUGGUGUCGACCAAAUGACCAUCCUCAACACAAACAAUCGUUUCCUGCAUGAUAACAUCGUGCUAUGCGCGCAGAAACUCAUCUCCACAAUGCCAGAAGAACUUUCAGUCUGCUAUUUUGUCAACUCUGGUUCGGAAGCCAAUGAUUUAGCUCUUCGCCUGGCGCAGAUCCACACUGGAAAUAAGGAUGUUAUCACGCUCGAACACGCUUACCACGGCCACUUGACAUCGCUCAUUGACAUCUCCCACUACAAGUUCAAUCUGCCUGGUGGAGUCGGCAAAAAGGAGCAUGUUCAUCUGGCGUCAAUUCCGGACGUGUAUCGUGGGAUUUUCCGCGCUGGUGAAGUGGACAACCCAACGGCUGGGUACGUGGACGAGAUUGGCGACAUGUGCAGGAAGAAUGCCGGCAACGUGAGCGCCUUCAUCGCAGAGAGCAUGCUCAGCUGCGGCGGGCAGGUUCUCCUGCCGCCUGGGUAUCUGCAGGGUGUUUAUGAGCAUGUGAGAAAUGCCGGUGGUAUCUGUAUUGCUGACGAGGUCCAGACUGGCUUCGGUCGUGUUGGUAAACACUACUGGGCCUUCCAGCUGCAAGGAGUUGUUCCUGAUAUUGUCACAAUUGGAAAACCGAUGGGAAAUGGGCAUCCUAUCGCUGCUGUGGUCGUGCGCAAAGAAAUCGCAGACAGUUUUACGCGUACUGGAGUUGAGUACUUCAACACUUAUGGUGGCAAUCCAGUGAGUUGCGCCAUCGCCAACGCGGUAAUGGACGUAAUUGAAACAGAAAACCUUCGAGAAAAUGCCCUGGUUGUGGGCGAGUACCUUUUGGAUCAUUGUCAUGCGCUAAUGAAGAAAUACCCUCUCAUUGGUGAUGUUCGCGGUGUGGGUCUUUUUGUGGGUCUUGAGCUGGUUCUCAAUAGAGAAACGAAGGAACCUGCGACUAAAAUUGCGCAAUAUAUCACUCGACAGCUUAAGAAAUCCCGUAUUUUGAUGUCAGUCGAUGGACCUUUCAAUAACGUAUUGAAAAUGAAGCCGCCGAUGAUUUUCACCAAAGACAACGCUGACGAAGUGUUUGUCACAUUGGAUCGCAUAUUCAAGGAAGUCAAGGAACAUCCAGAGUUCAGCGUAUUAAUGGCGCAACACAAUGUCUCAAGGGUACGAACCGACAGCUGCAGUAAAGAAGCGCGCAUUAAGCCGACCACCAUCAGCAAGGAAGCUAUCAUUAAAUCCAUUUAAUUAUUUAGUAAAAUCACAUAUUAAGAUAUUUUCUAUGAAAAUGUUACCUUUUUAUUACAUUUUAUUUAUUAUAUAAACAUCAUUAUAUCAAUAAUAUCUUUUGAA